AAAAUCAAAGUAGAGGCAUUAUAGGUAGGAGAAAGUGAGAAAGUCCAGAGUUGGUUCCGAAUUUGUCUCCCCCAAUUUUAUUUAUUUUUAGCUAUUUUUUUUUGUUCAUUCGUGAAUGUGUGAGAGAGAAGUAGAUAGAUCCGCUCGAUAACCUCUUUUGCUGCUUGCAUAUUGAUUCGUGGAAUCAGCCAAUUUUCUCGAGAGAUCCAAGGAGGAAUCUUACCCAUGUCAGGUCCACUUGAUCGAUUCGCAAGACCAUCUUUCACUACAGGCUUCGAAGGAUUCUUGAGCAGCGACGAGAAGAAGGAACGAAAGUCCGACUUCGAGAACUCGGAGGACGAGAGGAGGACCAGGAUCGGUUCUUUAAAGAAGAAAGCCAUUAAUGCCUCCACCAAGUUCAAGCACUCUCUCAAGAAGAAGAGCGGGAGGAGAAAGAGCGAUGGCAGAGUAAGUUCCGUCUCCAUCGAGGACGUGAGGGAUGUGGAAGAGCUCCAGGCCGUCGACGCGUUUCGCCAUGCUUUGCUGAUCGACGAGCUGCUUCCUAGCAGACACGACGACUACCACAUGAUGCUGAGGUUCUUGAAAGCGAGGAAGUUCGAUAUCGAGAAGGCGAAGCACAUGUGGUCUGAUAUGAUUCAGUGGAGGAAAGAGUUUGGGACUGACACUAUUCUUCAGGAUUUUGAUUUCGAAGAGAUUAAUGAAGUUUUGAAGUAUUACCCGCACGGUUACCAUGGUGUUGAUAAAGAAGGAAGGCCCAUUUACAUUGAGAGGCUGGGGAAAGUUGAUCCUAACAAGCUUAUGCAAGUCACGAGCAUGGAUCGGUAUGUGAGGUAUCAUGUGAAGGAGUUUGAGAGGAGCUUUAUGAUCAAGUUUCCUUCCUGCACAAUUGCUGCGAAGAAGCAUAUUGACUCCAACACAACUAUUCUAGAUGUUCAGGGAGUGGGAUUGAAAAACUUUACUAAGUCUGCUCGGGAGCUUAUCACACGGUUACAGAAGAUCGACGGAGACAAUUAUCCUGAGACUCUCCACCAAAUGUUUAUCGUCAAUGCAGGGGCUGGGUUUAGGCUGCUUUGGAAUACUGUGAAGGGCUUUAUAGACCCCAAAACAUCUUCUAAAAUUCAUGUCCUUGGAUACAAGUACCAGACCAAAUUGCUUGAAGUGAUUGAUGCCAAUGAGUUACCUGAGUUCUUGGGAGGUGCAUGUACUUGCGCGGAUCAAGGUGGUUGCAUGCUUUCCGACAAGGGACCUUGGAAAAACCCGGAAAUUGUCAAGAUGGUGCUUCAUGGGGGAGCACAUAGGGCGAAGCAGGUGGUGAAAGUUUUGAACAGUGAGGGGAAAGUCAUUGCUUACGCAAAGCCAUCGUAUCCAUGGAUAAAGGGAAGUGACACUUCAACUGCAGAGUCAGGAUCUGAUGCCGAAGAUAUCGGAUCUCCGAAGGCUAUAAAGAGUUUCUCCCAUCUCCGCUUGACACCCGUUCGUGAAGAGGCAAAGAUAGCGGGUGAAACGAGCUUGGCCGGUGGUCUUCUGGGAUAUGAUGAGUAUGUACCGAUGGUUGACAAAGCCGUUGAUGCAACCUGGAAGGUGAAACCAGCCAUCCAAAGAGUUGCCUCAAAAGGGACUUUGAUGUCUCCCACCGCUCCAAAGGACACCGAAGGAAUCCGAGCUCGAGUCCUAGUAAUGAUCAUAACAUACGUGAUGGCGGUUUUCACAUUCUUCCGCACAGUACCUUUCCUUGUGAUCAAGAAACUUCCUGCUUCCCUACCACAAACCGAAGGAUACGCAACAGAACUCGGCUCUAACGGUGAAGUAGCAGCAACAACUAAAGAGGAGUCUCGCCCUCCUUCUCCAGUACCAGAUCUCACAGAAACCGAGCUCCUAACAUCUGUGAUGAAGAAACUAACCGAGCUAGAAGGAAAAAUCGGGACUCUACAAACAAAGCCGAAUGAGAUGCCAUACGAGAAAGAGGAACUAUUAAACGCAGCUGUUUGCAGAGUGGACGCGCUUGAAGCAGAGCUCAUCGCUACUAAGAAAGCGCUUUACGAAGCUCUGAUGAGGCAAGAAGAGUUGCUUGCUUACAUUGAUCGUCAAGAAGAAGCUCAGUUCCAGAAGAUGAAGAAGAAGAAGCAUCUCUUUUGCUUUUAGAGCAAAGCCUAUUGACCAGGCAAUUCAAACUCUUUACUUUCUCCUUUACAACCACGUUCUUAGAUCACCAAGAAAAGAAAAACUCGUUUGUCUGAUUUGAUGUUUAAAACUAAUACAGAGAGCUCUUUCUUCUGUGACGAUGAUCUUCCACGCGUUAUAUAUAUUAUGUUCUUAUCUUAUAACCUUGUGAAAUGUGUAAAACUUGUUAAUGCAAAAUUAAUAGACUAAA